AUGGAGCAAUUCAAGGAAGAAAUCAUCUUUGACGAUCUGUCGAAGACUUUUCAGGAUGCUAUCCGUAUGACAAGACGGCUAGGUAUCGACUACAUCUGGAUUGAUUCAUUGUGCAUCGUGCAAGACGACAAGAAUGACUGGCUUCGAGAAUCCGAGCGCAUGGGUAGUGUUUACGCGAAUGCCUACAUCACCCUCGCUGCAACGUGGGCGGCUGAUGGGAGUGGUGGGCUGGACAGCAUCCGCCCUUCGAGCAACUGGAUCGAAUUCCCCUGUGAUGGCUCUGACGAAACCAAAGGACACAUGUGGUUCACCGAUGCCUCGUGGACCUCUCAAACCGACAUUGACGACGCACCGCUGAAUACGCGUGGUUGGGUGUUCCAAGAGAAGAUUCUCUCGCGGCGUAUCAUCCACUUCGCCCGUUCACAAGUAUACUGGGAAUGCAAGAAGCGCUUUGUCGGAGAAGAAUGCGAAGACAGGAUUCAAUUCAGCGGUGCAACCUUGGAACCGUCGCAAUUCUGGGCUGAUGUAAACGCCGUUGGUUAUAUUGGACCAUUGCCAAUCGAACGUGCAAAUGAUGUCCGCGAUGCGGGAUAUCCCCUGACACGGCUUGAUGAGUUCUACUACGGAUGGAGAACCAUGACCCGGUACUACAGCACUCGGCAGUUCACUAAAGCGAGUGAUCGUUUGGUAGCUCUGCUGGGUAUUGUCCGAUUUAUUGAGGAACAGACUGGGCUCCGUUGUGUCGAUGGCCAUUGGGAUGAUGGUUCAUGGCGCUUCGUGCGCGAACUGAUGUGGUUCCCCGAAGGACAGAAAACAAAGUCAUUGCUUUGUGACGAUAAUCCAUCUAGGCUGUGUUCGUCAUGGUCGUGGGCAUCUCUUGAGGGCCCAGUGGAGUACCAGUCCUUGACCGUUGCCGCCUGGGAAGACUACGGUCUGAAAGAUUGUAAUCUACAUCUAAAGGCAAUCGAAAGCACAGUUCACGUUCCGUGGUCAAGUCAUGCUCUGAAGGUUUCGGGGAUGCUACGAACCGUGUACAAAGGUAAACCCGGAGGAAGCGAGUACCCGUACCAGAGUAGCUCGGGAAGACGCACCUUUAUAGUAACGGCAGAAGCAUCUGGGGAAGCCGGUGGUUGGGUUUGCUUUGACUUGGAGGAUGAAGAGCCAGAGCAGUUCUACGUUUCUCCUGUGUAUCUGUCCGGCCUCAGAAUAGCAUGCCUUGCUCUAGUUGAACGAUAUGAAACCAAGAGCAGUGAGCGUUGUUUUGAGCGUGUAGGCGUGGGGUACAUUGAGGUUAUGAUUCGUCCCGAUGGUUCUCAAUGCGGCGACAUGAAGUUAUUUGAGGCAUGUGAAGAAUCAACGUACUAUAUAAUUUGA